AUGGAUCGUUUUCAUGAUGAACAAACACCAUUUGUAUUUAUUGAUGGCAUUGAAAAAUUAUCGUAUAAAAUUGCAUAUAUUAAUCUAACUGAAUCGAGUAAAAAAGCAUUAUUUAUGGCUAAAGCUGAAAUAUUAGGAAUAAUGCGAUUGAGAAAGGUUUAUGGUUCACAACAACCAUUGAAAGGUAUUCAUCUUGUUGCAUGUUUACAUUUAACAGCACAAACUGGAAUAAUGAUCAAAAAAUUUCUUUUAUUAUAG